AUGGCCCUCUCGUUUAUUCUGUCGCUUCUCCUCGGGACAUUUUCCCCCGCCCUGGCCUCACGUAAUACGACCGCAGGUUGUGCUAUCAUUCGCCCGCCAAGAGAUGGAGGGAUCAGAUACAGGGGUCUGACACAGGAACAGAUCCGCAGUGUUCAGGUGUUGCCGGUGGAUUAUGAAAUCGAGUAUAUCUGCAGAGGGAACAGAGUGAUCGUGGGGCCAAAGGUCAGGAAGUGUCUCCCUGACGGCACAUGGACUGACCUGAACCAGCGCAGCAAAUGCUUGCUGCCGUGUGCGCGGGUGUGGACGUCUCUGGAGAACGGCCGUGUGACGGUUCACCCUCCAGGCCCAGCGGUGGAGGGCACCGUACUGCACUACAGCUGUCUGGAGGGUUUCAUCCUGGUGGGCAGGAACAGCACUCAGUGCACGAAACUGGGCAAGUGGGACUCACCCAAACCUGUCUGCCACUAUGACAGACAUUAUACAGGCAAGAAGAAGCUCUACAUCGGAGCCCUGUUCCCGAUGAGCGGCGGAUGGCCGGGUGGCCAGGCUUGCCUCCCUGCUGCCCAAAUGGCCCUGGAUCUGGUGAACAAGAGAACGGAUAUUCUUCCGGAUUAUGAGCUUGAAUUAAUCUACUAUGACAGUAUGUGUGAUCCUGGUGAGGCCACGAAGCUGCUGUAUGACCUGCUGUACACGGAGCCCAUAAAGAUCGUCCUGAUGCCAGGCUGCAGCUCUGUGUCCACACUAGUGGCCGAAGCCGCACGCAUGUGGAACCUCAUAGUGUUGUCCUACGGAUCCAGUUCACCAGCACUCUCCAACCGUCAGCGUUUCCCCACCUUCUUCCGCACGCACCCCUCAGCCACAUUGCACAACCCCACCCGUGUGCAACUCUUCCAGAAGUGGAAGUGGACCAAAAUCGCCACCAUCCAGCAGACCACCGAAGUCUUCACCUCUACUCUGGAUGAUCUAGAGCAGAGGGUGAAGGAGGCAGGCAUUGAGAUCAGCGUGAGGCAGAGUUUCCUCACGGACCCUGCUGUGGCCGUCAAGAACCUCAAGCGGCAAGAUGCUCGCAUCAUUGUGGGCCUGUUUUACGAAACGGAAGCCAGGAAAGUGUUUUGUGAGGUCUAUAAGGAGAAGCUGUAUGGGAAAAAGUAUGUGUGGUUUCUGAUUGGCUGGUAUGCUGACAACUGGUUCAAGAUCAAAGAUCCAUCCAUCAACUGCACUGUGGAGCAGAUGACAGAAGCUGUGGAGGGUCAUGUGACCACUGAGAUAGUCAUGCUCAAUCCGGAGACGGUGCGAGGGGCCUCUAACCUGACCUCACAGGAGUUCCUAGCACAGCUGAUGUCCAAGCUGGGUGGGAAGAAUCCAGAGGAAACCGGAGGGUUUCAGGAAGCUCCUCUGGCGUAUGAUGCGGUUUGGGCUCUGGCUCUGGCUCUCAAUAAGACAGUGGGGCCUUUGAAGGCAAAAGGACGAAGAUUGGAAGAUUUUAAUUACAAUAACAAGGACAUUACUGCGGAGAUCUACCGAGCCCUCAACACCAGCUCCUUCGAGGGGGUUUCGGGUCAUGUGGUGUUUGAUGCCCAGGGCUCCAGAAUGGCAUGGACCCUCAUCGAACAGCUGCAAGGAGGAAGCUACAAGAAGAUUGGAUACUUCGAUAUGACCAAAGGCAAUCUCUCUUGGUAUGGGAAUGACAGGUGGAUAGGCUCUGAUCCACCUGCUGACCAAACGGUGGUGAUUCAGAAGUUCAGAUAUCUGUCACAAAAACUCUUCGUCUCUGUGUCUGUUUUCGCUGGCUUGGGCAUUUUAAUGGGGAUCGUUUGCCUCACCUUUAACAUCUACAAUAGCAACGUCAGGUACAUUCAAAACUCCCAGCCGUACCUGAAUAACAUGACGGCAGUGGGCUGUAUGAUGGCUCUGGCUGCAGUUUUUCCUCUGGGAAUUGAUGGACUGCAUGUACGCAACUCUCAGUUUCCUGUGGUCUGUCAGUUCCGCUUGUGGCUGCUUGGACUUGGCUUCAGUUUGGCUUAUGGAAGCAUGUUCACAAAGAUCUGGUGGGUUCACACGGUGUUCACAAAGAAGGAUGAGAAGAAAGACAAGAGAAAGCAGCACCUGGAGCCAUGGAAGCUCUAUGCCACCGUGGGAGUCCUGCUGGUUAUCGACAUCCUGUCCCUUAUGAUUUGGCAGAUUGUGGAUCCCCUGCACAUCACAGUGGAGAAGUUCACUAAAGAAGCACCUAAAGGGGACGUGGAUCAGCUGAUCGAGCCUCUGCUGCAGCACUGCAGUUCAGAGAAGAUGAACACAUGGCUUGGUGUCGUUUAUGGCUAUAAGGGUUUGCUGCUGCUCCUGGGUAUUUUUCUGGCUUAUGAAACCAAAUCUGUGUCCACUGAAAAAAUAAACGAUCACCGAGCUGUUGGGAUGGCCAUCUACAACGUCUCUGUGUUGUGUAUGAUAACGGCUCCUGUCACCAUGAUUCUGUCGUCUAAGCAGGACGCCUCGUUCGCCUUCGCCUCGCUGGCCAUCAUCUUCUCCGUCUACAUCACUCUAGUUGUCCUCUUCGUCCCUAAGAUGCGGAGGCUUAUCACUCGUGGUGAGUGGCAGUCGGACCAGCAGGAGACCAUGAAGACCGGCUCAUCCACAAACAACAACGAUGAAGAGAAAUCCCGCCAGCUGGAGAGAGAGAACAAAGAGCUGCAGAAGAUCAUCCAGGAGAAAGAGGAACGUGUAUCAGAGCUGAGAAACCAGCUGUCAGAGCGCCAGGCCCUGCGCUCCAGGAAACGCCCCACCUCCUCCAGUCAGAACCACAGCUCUCCAUCUCUCCCCGCUCCUCAGAACGAUCCCAAAUCUCUCCUACCGCCUCCAGGAUACCCCCUCCCUGCCUCCGACAACCACUCCCUCCCUCCCACCUUCUCCAACACCUCCCCCCUCUACCAGCCCGACGGCAAGAUCAACCGCAACAGCUGCCAUCCCGGCCGACUGCAGCUCCUCUACAAGUGAACCGUGAGGAACCGGGAUCAAAUGCGAGCGGGCACACAGCGAACUGAAAGGGGGGAGAGAAACAAGCUACCUUGAUUGACACUUGCUGUGAUUAUAGGGAGGUUAUACACAGGAGGCUUGAGAGUCUGGCUUUGAUUUGCAUCAUUUGAUGUGUCACCGUAUUUGAAAACCACACAUGCUAUGAACCAUUUCAGUGUUCAGAUGAGUAACCCUCAGCUGAUUUUGACUCGGAAAAUUGUGGACGAAUGAUAACAUGCUAAGAACAUCAUUAUUCCCUUAAGAUACUAAUAUUUUGGAAUCUAUUACUAUUGUAAUACCACAAUUUUUCGAUACGUUUAGCUUUUUUGUUCAUGUUUCCUACAGUUCAAUCAGGUUGUCUGAAUAUAAGCCAUGACGCACCAAGCUGACACAUCGGCCAGUGUCAGGCCAUCGAAGAGCAUCAGUCAGACUAGUUUUUGUAGUUUGUGUUCAGCACUAUUCAGAUAUAUUGGGGGCCUUUUGGCCAAUUAAGCAUCGUCAUUCAUUGAGAGAGAACUCUGAUUGGCUGAUCGGUUUAACAUACAAGUGCAUGAGAAUAAAAGCAAAAGUCGUGAAUGCAAGAAAAGAAGUCAAGAAUGCACAGACCGAAGGCUGUUCUAAUUUUUUGUCAUCUGACCUGAACAUCCAAUGACCAAAUAUUUUCACAUUUUUCAUCUGGAAUAAAAAAACAAAAAAACUGUUGAAAAAAUGACAUAUUCAGACUAUUGAUACAUGCAGUUGUCUUGUAGCUGCUAGCUGGCCAUUGGCUGUAGCCAUCGCAGUAUGUUUAAGACAGAUGCGUGAACGCGAGGCAACAACAGUCAGCUGUCAUCGCUGCCAGUUUGGUUUAGUGUGUCAAGGCCUUAAAGGGAUAGUUCACCCCAAAAUGAAAAUUCAUUCAUUCAUGUCAUUGAUUACUAACCUUCAUGCCAUUCUAAACCUGUGAGACCUUCACUAGUCCGUGUCACAUGAACUAUGUCCUUACUACCUUUCUUGGCCUUGAACGUGCUCGUCGCAUUGCUGUCUAUGGGAGGGUCAGCUCAGAUUUCAUCAGAAAUAUCUUUAAUGUCUCAUGGGUUCAGAAUGAAAUGAGGGUGAGUAAUUAAUGACAGAACAUUCCUGUUUAGGUCAACUAUCCCUUUAAAUGUGAACUCUGAAUCUGCAUUAGAGAGAAUAACCGAUUCACACACACAUUUUGAUAUCAUGACAUUGAAUUGCAAUAUAUGUAUUGCGAUAUGUAUCAUGUCGUGAAGAUGUUGCCGUUUUCAUUACAGUCUGCCAAGUCCUUAAUAUGCAAUCGCGAGUCAGUGUGGUAACGACAUAGACAUUUUUUUUACAUUUACAUUUAUUUGGCAGAUGCUUUUAUCCAGUAAUUUUUACAGUACGUCUAAAGUUUACAUUUUAUCAGUAUGUGUUCCCUGGGAGUCGAACCCUUGAUCUUAGUGUUGCUGGCAUCAUACUUGAACUGCGUUUGACUUCGGACUACUUCAUAUCCUGUUUGAAUCUACCAAUUUUCCAAUUUCAACAUGACCUCGUAAACAUUCUUUUACAGCUGACAGUAUUAUGAAACGUCUCGUGACCAAGAACAAAAUAUUUAUAAUUUCCUGUUUUUUUAAUCCAUUACCUCAUUUUGAACUCCCUUUUGAGGGAUUCCUAUCUUGCAUCACAGACUUGAUACCUCAAAUAAUGUAGUUUGUUGAAGAGAGGUGUGCUAUUGUUUUUUUAAGUGAUCAGAUUCAUGAUAAAAAUCCCUUUUAUUUACAAUGAAGAAAGGAUAUUUUUGAAGAAACCCACCAUACCUUAGCAAGUUCAUAGCAAAACCCUGCCAAUUUAAGGUGAUUAUUGCAUGGACAAAAAUCACUCAUAAUUCCUUUAUUAAACAAAAAGUCUAGCUUCACAAUAAGCUGCAACGCUGUAAUGAAAUGUUGGUUUGCUUAUAGCCAGCUUUUCUCCCAGAGCAUGCUGGGAUAAUAUAUUACCAGUCAAAAGCUGUUGAAGGCGUUUGAAGUCUUUGUACAGAGGAGACGUAAUUUCAUCACAGAUUUGGUGGUUUUAUUUUUAUUAGAUCCCCCUUGUCGCUGAAAGCUGCAGAUUGAAUCUCACAGCAUUGUAAUGCAGUUUGCUUCUAAAUGCCACCUGCCAUAUUGAAAGCGUUGCAGAAUGCUGCUACUUUGCAAUGCAGAUAACAUCAAAAGUGCAUUGUGCAACCAUCUUCAUUGUGUGUUUGGUGCACAGUAAUAGAAAAGAAAAAAAAAGGGGAAUGAGUUUAUUAGUUGAGCGUGCAAUGUGGUACUUUACUUGGUCACUCAUUCACACACUCAUCAGCUGCUUUGUGUCACUCAAACCAUGUUACAUUUGCCUACAGUACAGUACGUGAUUUCUAAAAACAGUAUAGAGGAACUUGGCCAACUCAUCCUGAAUAGAACGCCUGUUUCCUGUCUGCAGCGCCCCCUAAAUGACAGUCUUCAACGGCAGCUUUUCUCCACAGCUGUGUGUCUGUUUGACCCCUGUAUACUCUUGCUAUAUCUUGGAUUCAUCAGCAGGCCUGUACAGCAAAGUUUCCUCAGUUUCAGCUGGACUAUAAAUGGCUCGUCUCGUCUGCUUCAUUUCCUUCUUUGCGGUGGCAAAGACUCUCUCAUUUGGAGGGACGGGAUGUACAGAAAAAAAGAAAAAUCCCUACAGGGACUAUGAGAGUCAUUUGUCUAUUCAUAAGUGGUUGUGACAAUAGCACAUUGCUCAUUAUUUUUGAGAACUGUUAAUACCUCAUGAUAUGUGGAUUGUUGCUGCUGAUGGGCUGUGUUUGGAAUACCAUACUACCCUUAGUGUAGUAUAUAGUAUGCAUACUGGGUACAGUAUGUGGAAGGGUACCAUAUACCACAAUGAAAUCUCUGAAAACUAUAAUAGAGUGAAAUAUUCAGGUUCACAAAGUAAAAAUCCUGUUCAUUUUUUUUUUUUUUUAGGGAAAUUCUAUUUUUAAAAGUAACUUUAAAUCUUUAAAAACAGAACUACUCUCAGCUACGAGGUUGAUAAUCUUUUGUUGAAACCAUCAGCCCAUAUUUCGACACAUUUAUCAAAUAAUCAUGCGAGUUCCUGGUGGAAAAAACGACAUUACCCAUGAUUCUGCAGAGAAUCUCCACCAAUAAGAGAACUGCAAGUAAAUAUAUCUCAUGAAGCUCUGCAAAUGAUUUAGAGUCAGUUGCCCUGCACUCCUAAACUAAUUAUGCAUAAUAUGCCAAUUAUGCAAUAUAAAUAAAAUAUAUUGUUUCUAUAUCAACAGUCUAUAUUUCUCCAUUUUCUUAAAACGUCUGUCAUUUGCAGUGCUUCAUGGGAUUGUAGUUCUUUACAUCUACACCUUUGUCUUUUUGUCCAAUUUUCAAAUACUUUUUUUUUUUUUUUUUUUUUUUUUUUUUGCUUCAAACCAAAAAUGUAAGCACGCAAUUGUUGAAAAAUGUUGUCAUUUAUCUCAUAUCUUGCUGGUUUGGUUCAUGGCUUAUAACAGAGACUUUUUUAGAUCACAAUGGUAAAAAAUGAUUCAGAGAAAUACUCCCAGAACCAAUAAAGUUGGCAUUCUGUAAACCAAUAUUAAAUAAUAAUAAGAUCCCAAAAGUUAUAUUUUGUAACUAGGCCUAUCAAAAUCCAUAUCAACCAUAUUUAUUUAAUGAAUGAUACUGGACGUUCUCUACUGUUUACGGUUUAAUGCAUACUGUACACUUUGAGAUACAGUAUAUACUGGCAGUAUAGUGCUAUACUCUACUACAGUAUUCUAGUAUUCUAUUCCAAACACAGAUGGAUAUUGAACAACGUCAUGAUGUCAUCGAUUUGGUGUGUCAUAAGCACUUGUGAUUGGUUAAAUGGUGCUCCGGUGAUUUACCCCUAACGCUGAUACAAGAUGACUCUCCAGGAUGUCGUGAAUAUGAGUUCAAACCCCACCAUGGUGUUUAUUAUCGGCCUACUCUAAUUUUUCAUUCAUCAUUUCUUGUCAAAUGGUGGUUCAAUAAUAAUCAUGAUAGUGAUGUUCAUGCAGACGAUGAUAUGCACAAAUGCUAAUUGUGUAAAUGCUAAAUGUACAUGAUAAAUGUAUUCUCUUGCACAAAGUAUGAAGUAUAUAACGUCAAAGGUAUUCGUAUGUGGUAUUGAAAAUAUAUUUGUAUUUGUACUAUGAUAGAUUCUGUACAACGCUAUUGGACUGUUGUCUAUGGUGAAAUAAAUGUAGUUUUUGCUACAUUUUUUUUUUUAACUCUU